AUGGCCCAACUCAGUCGAGUUUUGAAAAUCCUUGCGUCUAUAAAAGAUAUUAAUGCUACGUGCAACCUUGCUGAUGUUUCACCUGUAUCGACAGAAGCUCCGCAAGUCCUUUUGGGGCACGUGGAUACGCAGUUAAACAUGCACCAGUUUAACGGCUUUUUCGAAGAUGGAGCCACUUUGGAUGGUCUAGAUGCCACCUCCCCGCCUACACCUUCUCUACCGUCCAUCCCGUCACAUCCGACUCUCUCCACCACCACAACUUUAAACAACAACAAUCUCGAAGCCCCAAAUGAGUGGUCCGCUGUUGGUCACGCGGCAACUGGCAAAUCUGGACGGGUAAUCCACAAUUUACAGGAAGAAAUAGCUCGAUUGACACGCGAAUGUAGUCUGUACCGUUCCCGUAGCGAAGAGACCCAGCGGAUGAACGAGGCCUUGAAGAUCCAGGAUCAGAACAUGACCGAGCGUCUCCGUAACCUGGAGCAAGUCAACGAAACAAAUCUGAAUUCAAUUUCGCGGAAGGAUCGGAAGAUUGAAGAAUUGCGCGCAGACGUUCAGGGGGAACGUUCCAAACGCCAAGAUGCCGAAACUAGUGCCAAUCAGGUCAUAGACACUGCGCGUACUGAAAAGACUGUUCAAGCACGGGAAGUGGCACGUUUAGCUGAAAUUGCCAAGUAUUAUGAAAAUCGCUAUGAGGUUUUAGUUACUGCCACUGACCGUGAGAAGACCGAGAUGCAGCGACGUGUCAAUGCCAUCGACAAGCGUGUCAACGAAUUGCACGAAACAGUGAGCCUUCAGGAUGACCGUAUCUCGCGACUGGAUGUUCUUGCCGAGCAGAAGAACCGCGAAGUUGAGACCUUGAAGGAUUCCAACCAGAAGCUUCUCGACAAACACGCUGAGUACAAGGAGAUCAAGGAGAACGAGAACUUGGAUCUGUUGACACGAACCCGGGGAAAUAACGACACAAUCGACGCAGUUCUCGCUUCUCUGCAAGAGACCCAGGCUAAGAUGCGCUGGGUGACUAUGCUCAGCGAAAGCCGGGCCGAGAUGGACGUUGCUCAGCCCCCUGAGACUUAA